GCUUCUUACGCAUGCGCUUUAGUCUGCUUCCUGGCUCUCCGGUUUGCGCCAUUUUCUUCCUCUUACAAAGUCUUAGCUAGCUAGCUAGCUUGGCUAUCGUAGAAAUAAACGGAUUAGCCUAUAUUCUGUUUCAAUUUAGCACACAAAACUAGAUAGUAGAUAUUUAUACAAAUCCAUUUAUGAACAUGGAAGACGAAAGCCACCCUAAAACCCUGUAUGUUGGUAACCUUUCCAGAGAUGUAACAGAAAUUUUGAUUCUUCAGCUGUUCACUCAAAUUGGGCCUUGCAAAAGUUGUAAAAUGAUAACUGAGCUACCCGAUAGCAGGAGGAUGAACUCUUCUGUCGGAUUUUCUGUUUUGCAGCAAUCAAGCAAUGACCCAUAUUGCUUUGUGGAGUUCUUUGAACAUAGAGAUGCCGCAGCUGCCCUAGCAGCCAUGAACGGGAGGAAGAUCAUGGGAAAGGAAGUCAAAGUAAAUUGGGCCACCACUCCAAGUAGCCAGAAGAAAGACACAUCGAAUCACUUCCAUGUUUUUGUGGGUGAUUUGAGCCCUGAGAUCACCACUGAAGAUGUCAAAGCUGCAUUUGCACCUUUUGGAAAGAUCUCAAAUGCUCAUAGGAUUGGACAGGAGCUUGAAGUCUAACAGCAAGGAACUGUGCACACUGGAAACACAGAUGGAUGCGCGAGUUGUGAAGGACAUGACGACAGGGAAAUCUAAGGGGUAUGGAUUUGUGUCCUUCUAUAACAAACUGGAUGCAGAGAAUUCCAUUGUGCAUAUGGGAGGGCAGUGGUUAGGAGGACGGCAGAUCAGGACAAACUGGGCAACCCGCAAGCCACCUGCCCCCAAAAAUGUGCAAGAUAAUGGCUCGAAGCAGCUGAGGUUUGAAGAUGUAGUCAACCAAUCCAGUCCCCAGAACUGUACUGUGUACUGUGGAGGAAUCCAGUCAGGACUCUCAGAGCACCUCAUGCGACAGACAUUCUCGCCCUUUGGGCAAAUCAUGGAAAUUCGUGUUUUCCCAGAGAAAGGUUACUCUUUCAUCAGGUUCUCCUCCCAUGAAAGCGCUGCCCAUGCGAUUGUUUCUGUAAAUGGAACGUCCAUCGAAUGUCACAUAGUGAAAUGUUACUGGGGCAAAGAAUCCCCCGACAUGGCCAAAAACGUACCACAGGUGGAGUUUGGUCAGGGCCAGUGGGGACAAUGGAACCAGAUGUAUGGAAACCCACAGACCCAGCAGUAUGGACAACAGUACAUGGCAAACGGAUGGCAAGUGCCCUCUUAUGGAAUGUCUUACGGACAGUCGUGGAAUCAGCAAGGAUUUGGUGUAGAGGACACCAUUCUGGCCGCGGCAACGCAGAACAUUUCAAGGCAGUCACAGUCCCCAGCCUGGGUGGGAGGGUUUGGGUCUCCGGCGCCGCCCCAGCCUGGUCCUGUGAUGUCAAACCAGGGAAACUUCAACAUGGCUGGCUACCAAACACAGUGAGCAGGCUCUCACCUAUGCGCCAUCACCAACACAGCUGGAAAAUAUUGGACUUUUAAAUUAGGAUGAACGUAAAGAAAUUUGCAUCGUAAUUCUCUGGAGAGAGUGUGUGUUUUGUUAAAUGGAGAAGAUCAAGAACAAUAGCUUACCUCGAUAUGAGGACCCAAAUGCUAUUUAUAGCCAGGUAGUGCAGGGGGGAAUGUUUUUUUGGGGCAAUGUUGUGUAUAAAUAAAAUGUCAACAAUAAGUUAAAAAUAAAUGACGUGGACUGAAUUUUGAAGCUUUUAUAUAGGGGAUAACUCUGUAAAGAUUUUUGUUUUAAUUUACCACUUAGACUACUUUAAGUCAGACCUUAAAGGACAUUUAAAUACCAUUGUUUGUCACAGGACAUUGCACAGGUUGAUAGAAAAACAGUUGUACAUUUCUAGAACAUAAUGCUCUUUAAAGCUUGUUCAUACCCAUCGACACCCUGAUCAUGCGUUUUCUAAUUAAAUCACUUUUUGAAUCUUUGACCGAGUAAACACGAUUUCAGUCUCCUGCUUGAAGUUUAGUAUUUUGGCCCAACAACGCAAGCACUUUUGGGGUUGGCAUGUUUGCUGUAAAUUUUCCAAAUCAUACAGAUUAGAGUGGCAUUGUGUAUAUUUACAUUUCAUUUGCUUUCUUCAUUCUCUUAAUUUUUGACAUUGUACUAGCUGAAUUUCUGGACAGUUACUGGUAUGCUAUUGUUUUCUUAUACCUGUAAAUGUCACUUUAAUGGAAAAACAUGUAUAUAACCCCCCCCCCAACUUGAUUUGAAAUAAGGGUUUGUAAGCAUGUACUCUUUAGUAACACAGGAGCUCCACAAAUGUGAUGCUGUAUAUAAUGUAGAUGUUUGUGCUAUUCAGGGCUGACAUUGAAUCUAUUCAGUAUAUUUUACAAAGAAGCCUUAAUUUAAAUGUCAGUUACUGCACCAUGUAUUAUUCUACUCACUGAAGCCCUGUUAGAAAGCUGAACUCUAGAUUUUAGAAAUGAUGUUUUUACCAUUUAAAGUUGUGCCAUUUUCAGCUACUGGCAGGAGACAAGUAAUGACCCGUUUCCUGGAGACUUUUUGAGGGUGAAUUGCACGUUUUUUGAAAAUGUAUUAUCUUGGUUGCUCUAAGUAUUGAAUGGCAGACUUGUUUUAAUGACAAAGUU